UUCUGUUUGAUUGAUACCAUAUGGUAUUUCAUUUUUUUUUGAUUCGAUAAAAUAUCGUUCUAUCUAUUUAUCUAUCGUUAUUAUUAAAUCAAAACAACUACAAAAAUGUUUAUAUUGAAAAAAUUUCAGAAACAAAAUUCUGAUCCACAACAUCAACAACAAUUAUUGAAUAAAAAUGGCCAUCGACCUAUGGAUCAAUAUUUACAAAAAAAAUUUGCUCGUGGUAUUCAAUAUAAUAUGAAAAUUAUUAUACGUGGUGAUCGUAAUGUUGGUAAAACCUGUCUUUAUUAUCGUUUACAAGGUGAUAAAUUUCAUGAAGAAUAUGUUGCAAGUGAAGAGAUUAAAGUAGCUAGUAUACAAUGGAAUUAUAAUGCAACCGAUGAUGUUGUCAAAGUUGAAAUAUGGGAUGUUGUUGAUAAAGGAAAAAAACGUGAAAUUUUCAAUCAUCAACAAUCAUCAUCGACAGCAAAAGAUCAAAAUGUAUUAAAAAUGCACAAUAAUAAUCAAAGUAAUCAAAAUGAUACAAACAUUAAUGAUUCACCAGCAUUGGAUGCUGAAUUUGUUGAUGUUUAUAAAGGUACAAAUGGUGUUAUAUUUCUAUUCGAUAUGACUAAAUCAUGGACAUUCGAUUAUAUACAACGUGAAAUUCAUCAUUGUCCACGAAACAUUCCUAUAUUAAUAUUAGCUAAUCAUCGUGAUAUGGGACAUCAUCGUUCGAUAACUAGUGAUCAGGUUCAUGGUUUUAUUGAAUCAAUCAUACAGGAAGAUCAACAAUCUGGACGAACACGAACCGGACAGAUAAGAUAUUCCGAAUGUUCAAUGCGUAAUGGUUUUGGUUUAAGAUAUUUAUAUAAAUUUUUCAAUUUACCUUAUUUACAUCUUCAACGUGAAACAAUGCUCAAACAAUUGGAACGUAAUCAUUGUGAAAUGGAUGCCACUUGUCAAGAAUUAGAUACUAUGCUCGAUAAUGAUGAUUAUGAUAAUUUUCUGGAAAUGCUUACCAAUAAACGUCGAAUGAUGGCUGAUCAAUUAUCGGCAACUAAAACAAAGAUUGGUAGUGAUCCAACGAUUGGUAUGUUACCUAGUCGAAGUGUUUCAAUGCCUGCCAAUAUGUCAAAAAUGAUGGCGGCUAAUGGUGAUCAUUCUUGUUCACAAAAUCAUCAAAUCAAUAGCAAUGAACCAGUCAUUGUAAAACCAAUGCCUAGCAUUAUAAUCGGUGCAAAUAAUCCAUUACCGGCAAAAUUUCAGCAACAAUUUCAGAAAACGAAAACAAAUAAAAAUCCAACAACAAUUGCACAACAACAAAAUAAUUCGGUUUCGAUGAAAAAUUUAGAAGAUUUUAUACCCGAUGAUGGUGAACAGAAUAUUUUCCGAAAAUUUUUGGACGAACCAAAUCUACCUCAAUCAGAUUUACCACCCGUUAUUGAUGAAGAAGAUACCGAUGAUGAUGAUACUGCAACGGGAAACAAUCAUCAAAUUGUAGCCAAAUAUCAAGAAGAAUUAGAUCCUGAAGAUUUGAUUACAGCCGAAUCUAUUAAAAUUACGAAUAAAACGAUUGAAUCAACUGGACCUUUAGAUCCCGUGAAAAGUGUGGAAAACAGAAUCGAUUCUGUUCCCGAAGAUCAUCAUGUUGAUGAUGAUGAAAAGACAAAAGAAUCCGAAACAAUCGAAUCGAAUGAUGAAAAUCAACAACAACAAAAUCCUGUUCUGAAUAUCGAUGAAAUUGAAGAAUUAGAAAAUAUGUACAUUUCUAAACAUUCAUCGACGAAUCAGAAUGAUAAUCCACCAUCAUCAUCAUCGAUCACUAUCAAUGAAAAAUCUUCGGUCAAUGGUGGUGUAACAAAAAAGAAGAAGAAAUCCUCGAAAAUAUCUAAUAAACAAAAUGGUGAUAUUCAACAACCACAACAGGGUACGAAGAAAAAGAAAUCGACAAAAUUGAAAACAAAAAAUCAAUUAUCAUCAUCAACGGCAAAUGUUGAUGAUAAUCAAGAUGAUGAUGAUAAUGAACGAAAACAAUUGGAAGAAUUUCUUGGCACAACAUUAGAAACGACAACGGACAAAGCCGAUUCAUCACGUGAUUAUAAUUCUUAUCAAAUGUUUUGAAUUCUUUUUUUGUUUUUUUCUCUUAAAUAAUAAUGACAAAUAAAUUUAAAAGAAAUUAUUUUUCAAAAAAAA